UGACAAAGUUCAUCAUUUCUGGAGCAGAGAAGAACUUAUUGCAGCUGUGGACAGUAGAGCAAGAUCUGUCAGAGGAUUCUGAAGGAAAUGGGAUCCCCAGAUCAUAAAUCCGACCCCAGGCUCCCUCCACAGCUGGUUAAACUGUUGAUGACCAAUUACAGUAUCCCAGAAGAUUGCUUCUCUGAGCCUCCACCCUCAUCACAGCUCCCAUAUAAAUUGGGCACAAUACAACUCUGUGUUUUUGGUAUUUUGACCUUCCUUACCUUAUUCUCUGUGGUAAUUUUCUUGGAAGAUGCUUUUUACAUCACCAAAAAAGUACGCUGUCAAGCUAAGAGAAAAACAUAUCUGUGGAGCAGUUCUGCACCCACGGUCAUUUCAGUCUUUACCUGUUUCAGUCUGUGGAUCCCACGUUCAGCCAUGUUUGUGGAUGUUGGCAUCAGCACGUACUUUGCAGUUUGUUUCUACCUAAUACUGAUGGUGAUUAUUGAAGGUUAUGGAGGUAAGGACGCACUGGUCAAGAAGAUGGAGAACACAGAGUUAAACAUCAACACUGGACCUUGCUGCUGCUGCUGUCCCUGUCUGCCCCACAUCAAGCUGACAAAGAGGAAAGUGAAUGUCUUCAUCAUAUGUGUGUUCCAGAUUGCUUUCCUGAAACCCCUCUUCAAUAUAAUUGGCUUGAUUCUCUGGGCAGAUGGGAGUUAUAAUUCAGAAGAUCUCUCCUCUCAGAGUAUUGCCCUUUGGAUGAAUACAAGUCUUGGGUUCUCCACCAUCAUUGCUCUUUGGCCUAUUGGAAUACUUUUCCGUCAAGCAAAAGCUCAGCUGGCCGAGCAGAACAUGGGGACUAAAUUUGCUAUUUUCCAGCUCUUACUAAUCUUGACCACAGUGCAGCACUCUGUCUUCAGUAUAUUGGCCAAUACUGGACAAACACCAUGUGUUCCACCAUACGCAUCCAAAGCUAGAUCGCAGAUGAUGAACAACCAUUUGCUGAUCAUAGAGACCUUUAUCCUGACUAUUGUGUCCAGGCUUGCUUACAGGAGAAGGGACGAUGAGGCAGGUUACGUCUUUAAACCAGUGCCUGUGUAA